AUGCCAGCACCAUUGGCGCAGGAGCUGUUUGUGGCCAGGACCCUGAAAGAGGUUGAGGAUGCAUUCCUGCUGCUUUGCCCUGAGCCCGACAAGUCCACUGCCAUCACCAUCCGCAAAAUCUUCCACAAGAUCGAUGUCCCUUCAUCCCGGCGUGCAUUUCUCAGGGAGAAGGCCCUGAAGUUUUACAAGAUAUUCGAGCAUAAGCAGUUUGCCUGGACUCUUGAAGAGCGUCAGUUUCUCACGGACAGCUUCAUCAGUGGCUGCUGUGAUGUUGAUGUGGAGACAUCAUCUGUGGACCGAUGGACGGUAGUGCGCCAGCUGCUGAAAAAGCGCAAGCAUGUGGAGUCAACAAUGGAAUUGGGAGAGCUGAAACGGCAGCGUGAACAGCUGGAGCUGUCCUUGCUCAAGGACCAGCAGAUGGCUUCUGAUCAGGAAAGUCUUCUGAAAGAGAUCUCCACCACCAUCCUGAAAGAAACUUACCACAGCUCCAAAGACAAGGCUCAAGAUGUACUGAGCAAGGCCAUGGCUACGGUCACAGCAUCCCAGGACAAACUGAGCCAAGCUGUCAAAGGGGAGGUGGAGGCCAGAUUCAGCAUCAUGGAAGUCAGAAAGGCUGCAAAAGAGUUGCCACCAGCUUGGCUGAAGCUGGCUGCCAACAAGAACGUUGUCCUGCUUAUGGACUUCAACCUGAUGGAAGAGUCUGAGCAUUUGCCUGACAUCACUGCCUCUGCUUUGGGUCUCCUGCCUACUAGAGUCUUGCAUGCAAGACAGAUGUAG